UUGCACGCCAACCGUACCGGGUAUUGUAGCGGGGUUUUCGGUUUCGUUGCGCUGGUUUCGGACCACACGGCAGCACCGUACCGGAGUCAGUAUCCACUUGGCCGACGGUGGCACUAGACGCAUCAACAUUAAGCUCGCGAAGCUGUUUUCUUCUUCGCCAUCGGUAAUCGCAUAUAGGUGCAGGGCGCGCAGACAACAAACCUGCUUUAUCUCGGAGUUUGAGAGGCGUGUGUGCGUAAUUUUUUUUUAACGAGCUUCUUGCGAUAACGCGUGUCCGCGUGUGUGUUUGUGUUUCUGACCCGCGAAUCAGAUAUCUGGCUGACAAGUGGGAUUGCAUUAUCCGCCAGCAGUACCCAAGACGACGCCGAUGCUUACAUAAACAGUGACAGAUAUUUGCAUCUGCAACGGCAAGAAAGGAAAAGUGAAGCAAGAAAUUUGUGCAGAAACCAAAACCGCAGAGUGAUCUCCUCGCAGUUGUGCUAGUCGACGACACGGUGAAAUAAUACGACCUACCCUGUGUACUGAAUAUCCAAUCUGCCGUAAUAAGGCCUAGCUAGUGUACAUUCGUGUUCAAGUGUCCCUGUAGUGUUCUUGUUCGCUGCCAUUAAACGAUGAAGCUGCUUAACGUGCUACCAGUCGCUGCCUACUUUUUCCUCUUCGUUCUACUCUCCUCCAGUGAUUUUAACGAACGGAGAUCGUUGGUGCAGGCUCAGGAACCUCUGUUCGAGUUGCCGGUACAGCUGAUCGGUUUCCCGGUGAUCAUUCUCUCUGUCCGAUUGGCAAACUUUGCCAAAAAGCUAGCCUACUCGCUAAAUCCAAAGACUUACCAAUCUCGUAGCCGGCGGGAGACGUUGCAUCCGGAAGAACUGUCACGGCUAGCGAUCGAUGUCGUACAGGCGGAGAGAAAAAUUCUUCACGAGUUCGGCCCUAAGGCAUGCAUCGAGGAGGAACCGUGCCGGAUUCACGCUGUCAGCAGCGCACGGCUAGACAACUAUCAGCCAGACUGGGAGGAUAUUUUGAAAAACUACAAAACACAGACGAGCGGCAUGAAGCAAUGGUACUUGCUGUCCGUGUUCCUCGGUGACUAUUUGCGGGACGUGCAGUUCUGCAAGCAGCUGGCCAAGCGAUUAGACUGCAAUCGAUACCAGAGACCGUUCCUGCGAGACUGAACAACCCUAGUGGCGGUGCUUAGCUGUAAAUUAACAAGUUGUACAUAGUCCGAAAAGCAAUCGACCAAUAAAGAAGCGAUAACGUUUAGGUGUAAGUAUAGACAAAAAAAUAAAUACCUUUUACUAUAAAGUGA